AUGGCGAUGACGCACCCGGCACUCCUCUUCCUCGUCCUCGCAUGCGCCGCCGCCGCCACCGCCUCUCGGGGGUUCUACCUGGCCGCCGCCACCACCACCGCCGCCCGCGGGUUCUACCUGCCCGCCGUCGCCCCCGCCGACUUCCGCAAGAACGACCUGCUCACCGUGGAGGUGACACAGCUGAGCUCCGUCAAGACGCAGGUGCCCUACUCCUACUACUCCCUCCCCUUCUGCAGGCCGGACACCAUCGUCAACAGCGCCGGGAGCCUCGGCGAGCUACUCCGCGGCGACCGGAUCGAGAGCUCGCCCUACGUGUUCGAAAUGAUGGAGCCUAAGCUCUGUCAGGUAGCAUGCAGGAUCGUUCUGAGCCAACAGGGAGCAAAGGAUUUCAAGGAGAAAAUCGAUGACGAGUACCGUGUAAACAUGAUUCUUGAUAACGUCCCCAUGGUCAUCCCAGUGAGGAGAUUGGAUAAAGAGGAGCCUCCAUUCUAUCUACAAGGCAUGCAUGUUGGUGCCAAGGAGUGGCUUGUAGGGAGAAAAGAUUACAGUUAUUUCAUCCACAACCACUUAUCAUUUCUGGUGAAGUAUAACAGAGAUGCACACACUGGUCUUACUAGGAUUGUGGGCUUUGAGGUUAAACCGUUCAGUGUUGAGCAUGAACUCGAUGGUGAUUUGAAGGGAAAUAUGACACGCCUUGAAACCUGUAAUCCGCACUCAGGGCGUCUAGUAAUGAACUCUGAUAGGCCUCAAGAAAUAGAGGCAAACAAAGAGAUCAUUUUCACCUAUGAUGUUAACUUUGAGGAAAGUGAUAUCAAGAGGGCAUCACGCUGGGACACUCACCUUAAAACGCCUGACGAGCAUUGGUUUAACAUUGGGAAUUCUCUUAUGACAGUCCUCUUCCUCUCUGUGAUGGUUGCCUUGAUCAUGCUCCGGACUCUGAACCGUGACAUCUCCAUGUACAAUCAGCUGGAGAACCAGGAGGAAGCCCAGGACCAGGAGGAGUCUGGGUGGAAGCUUCUCCACGGUGAUGUGUUCAGGCCUCCUGUGAAUGCUGACCUGCUGUGCGUUUACGUGGGCACAGGUGUACAGAUCUUUGGAACGUUGCUUGUCACCUUGCUGAUCGCCAUCCUGGGGCUCCUAUCACCUUCAAACGGUGGAGGGUUCAUGACAGCCAUGCUCCUGCCCUGGGUCUUCAUGGGCCUCUUUGCAGGGUACUCCACUGCACGCCUUUAUAAGAUGUUGGGGGGCUCAGAAUGGAAGAAGGUCUCCAUCAUGACGGCCUUGGUAGUCCCUGGUGCUGUCUUCCUAAUACUCUUUACCCUGAACAUUCUCCUCUGGGUGGAGAAAUCCUCUGGGGCUGUGCCAUUCACCACCAUGUUCGCACUGGUUUUCCUGUGGCUCGGAGUCUCUUUGCCGCUAACCUUCAUCGGCAGCUUCCUCGGGUUUAACAAGCCUGUCAUUGACAACCCGGUGAGGACAAACAAGAUACCGCGGCCAAUACCGGAGCAGCCAUGGUACAUGAAUCCAGCGGUCUCGGUAUUGAUCGGAGGCAUCCUGCCCUUUGGCGCGGUGUUCAUGGAGCUCUUCUACAUCCUGACAGCAAUCUGGAUUCACCAGUUCUAUUACGCGUUCGGAAUUGCGUUCCUCGUUUUCAUCAUCCUUAUAGUGACCUGCGCAGAGAUCUCCAUUGUUCUCUGCUAUUUCCAGCUGUGCAACGAGGAUCAUCGGUGGUGGUGGAGGUCCUACUUGACUUCUGGAUCGUCAGCGUUGUACAUGUUCAUGUACACCACGUUCUAUUUCUUCACCAAGCUGCAGAUCACAAAGGCGACCCCGGGCAUGCUCUACUUCGGCUACAUGUUCAUCUUGUCCUACGCCUUCUUCGUGCUAACUGGCACCAUUGGCUUCUACGCCUGCUUGUGGUUCACCAGGCUCAUAUACUCUUCGGUGAAGAUUGAUUAGGAAUCCAUAAUUUCAUUGCUUUGCUGCCGGCUUGAGAAAUCGGAGGUUGAAGAUGGGAAAGUGAACACGAUGUGUAAAGUAGCAUGUUUAUACGCAGUGAAAUAAUGCUGUUCGUUCAGGGGUCUUUACGAAUAUUCAGUUACACUGAAAACUUUGAUGCCUGUCACUUGGCGCUUGCGUGCAUCCUUACCCCCACAGGGCGGCAACUUUGCAUUCAAUCAAGUGAUUAACCAUAUGUUUCUGUUGCUGAAAUGCGGAAUAAUCUCAGUAUCCAUGAUGAGCAUCUCACUGUUCUCUCUGUUUUUUAAUGCUAUUGACACAAUCUACAAUGUGUUAUUUUUA